AUGUCUCCGGACCCUUCAAUCAACAACGAAUACAAAUCAAACGCCAGCCAUCAUUUGACUCGGAAUCUCUCACUCUCGGAGAAAGUUGAGAAUCAAGAGGUUUCCGAAUACGAUGCGCCUAGGGAUCAGUCUUCCGAUUCUUCAGACGAGGGAGAUUCCACACCGCAGUCGCAUGAAAGCGAUCCCGACUUCUAUCCCGAGGGAGGAUGGAACGCCUGGAGUGUUGUCCUUGGAAGCUGGAUGGCCAGCUUCAGCACCAUCGGAAUGAUGAACAGUCUAGGAAUCUUCCAAACCUACCUGGAAGAGCAUCAAUUACGGGAAUAUUCAUUCGGCAAAAUUGGGUGGAUCCUCGGCGUUUUCUCGUUUCUCGCUUUCUUCUGCGGGAUUCAGGUCGGCCCAAUAUUCGACGCGAAGGGCCCUCGUAUUCUCGUCACCUGCGGUGGGAUCGGGACCGUCCUAUCAAUGAUCCUAAUAGGAUUCUGCACCCGUUACUGGCAUUUCAUGCUAGUCUUCGGAGUUCUGGGAGGUGUCAGUGUGUCACUUGCUUUCAACCCCGCAAUUUCUAUUGUCGCGCAUUACUUCCGUCGAAGACGAGGCCUUGCAACGGGCGUUGCAUCUUCUGGUGCGUCGUGCGGUGGCGUGGUAUUUCCACUGCUUUUCCAAAGCGUGGCGAGUCGGAUCGGAUUUGCAUGGGCCACACGCGUUAUUGCGCUUGUGGACUUGGUCGCUUUCAGUAUUGCUAUAAUGCUUAUUCGAUCUAGGCUUCCGCCUAGAACAACGGGUGUAAGAGCAAUGCUUCCUGACCUCUCUUUGUUCUGUAAUGGUACGCUCAUGCUCGCGAGUAUGGGAAUAUUCUUUAUGGAGUGGGGCUUGUUUGUCCCUCUUACUUAUUUGACAUCUUACGCCCUGCUCCAUGGGCAAUCUUCGCAGUUUUCCUUUUUGUUGCUGUCCUUGGUCAAUGCGGGCUCGGUCUUUGGUCGGUGGAUCCCGGGUUACUGUGCUGAUCGCAUUGGUCGAUUCAAUACUUUGAUCAUCACUAUAUUUGGCUGUCUGCUCUGUGUUACCUGUCUGUGGAUCCCGGCCGGGUCUAGUAAAGCUGUGAUCACGGUCUUUGCAUUGCUAUUUGGAUUCACCAGUGGCAGUAAUGUAAGUUUGGCCCCAGUGUGCAUUGGGCAACUAUGCAAACUUGAACAGUAUGGCCGCUACUAUGCUACAGCCUACGUUAUUGUCAGUAUAAGGUAUGUAAAGAAGAGAAACAAUGUCUCUAUUUCUCUGUCCUUGAAAGCUUCGCCUUGCGCAUACGAAAUCACUGACGCAAAAAGUACUCUCACUGGGAUUCCAAUAGCCGGCCAGAUCCUAACUGCGUGUGGUGGCGAAUAUAAAGGUUUGAUCUCCUUUGCGGCCGCCAGUUAUGCAGCAAGUUUUGUAUGUCUGGUUGUCACAAAGUUUGUCUGCUGUGGCUGGUCUCAGCCAUGGGCAAUCUUUUAG